AUGGACGGAGAACCGUUCAUAGCAGACGUCAGGGUGAACGGCACAGACUUCGUGCCAUCUCUUGUCGACUAUGGCUGCCUCUGCUACGGCGCGGUUAGCAAGCGCACAUUUCACUCUCUCCAGUUGCCACAUAUACGCGUUCAGCCGCGUAUCUUGGAGAACGCAGCCGGAGACGGCAAGGAGGUCAAAAUCGACAAGAUCACGUAUGUGUCGAUCGACCUCGAUGGACAUCAGCAGCAUCGUGUUUUCAUGUACGUCAUCGACGAUCUGAACUGGGAUAUGAUCCUGGGUAAACGAUGGAUGGAAGACCAGGAUGUUCACAUCCAUGCGAAGGAAGGAUAUCUCGAGAUCGGGUCCAAUGGAGUUCAAGUACGAGACCGACGACGUUACCAGCCUCCCCAGCUAGAUGUCUCUAAUGUCAUGGCCGCAACAUUUUUAGCAGAAGCACGCCGUGACAAACGCAAAGGCGGCAUUGGAGUUCACUCGGUCACGAUGGCGGAUAUUGACAAGGCCCUAAGACCGAAACCGAAGACUGACGUAAUGGAGAAGCUGCCACCACAGUACCACAAGUGGUCUCGAGCUUUCUCUCAACUGGCCGACCAGCUGCCCCUCAUCGGCCAGGUGUGGACCUGA